AUGCUCUCCUAUCAAGAUCAAAACAUCACAACCCUCCUGGUCCAGCUCCUCGCCCUUCCCAUCAUCUUCCUCACAGCAUGGCUCACAAUCUCCUACACCCGCAUCCUGCUCCUCCGACGGCGCCUCCCAUCAGGUCCAUUUCCCCUCCCCUUCCUCGGCAACUACUUUGACAUGCGAAUGAAACGCCCCUGGAUCCACUGGGAACGACUCGCCCGCCAAUACCAGGCUCCUUUGAUGACGCUCUGGAACGGCCAUCGCCCAGUCAUCGUGUGCAGCGACGCUUGGGUUAUAUCUGAGCUGUUCGAGAAGAGAGCGAGUAUCUACUCGAGUCGACCGCGGAUGGUGUGCAUGGGGGAUUUGACCAACACGAGCGAGAAUAAUCAGGUGUGUUUGAAGUAUGGAGAACGGUGGAGGGUGCAUAGGCGGUUGACGCACACCGCCGUCGGCACCCAAUCCCUCAAACCGCACCGCCCUUUCCAAAGCGAUGAAUCCACCAUCCUCCUCCGCGAUAUCCUGCUACAGCCUUCUUCAUACGUCCCCGCCAUCGAACGCUACUCCUGCUCGGUCGUCUCCAUCAUUGGCUGGGGACGUCGAAUCGACCGUCUCAACGAUCAAGUCGCCCAGAUGGCGCUGGCGUUCAUGGAAGUUGUUAACGCCGUCAUCCCUGGACAAGCGAUGAUGGAGAUCAUGCCGUGGCUAACGAGGUUGCCCGCGUGGGUCAAUCCUUUGCCGGGGAGGGUUCUGGCGGAAGCGACGAGGCACACGAGGUAUUUUUAUGAGAUGACGAAGGAGAGUGCGGAGACGAGGGCUGAGGGAUCUUUUUCGAAAAGGUUGAUGCGGGAGAAGGAGGAGAGCGGAUUGACUUGGAAGGAAGUCGGAAAUUUGACGUCGAAUUUAAUUGGAGGCGGCGUGGAUACGACGAGUAGUUCGAUGGUCAGUCUCAUUCUCGCCAUGUGCUGUUUUCCAGAGAAACAACGCAAUGCCCAAGAGGAACUAGACCGAGUCGUCGGACAAACCCGCAUGCCAACCUGGGAAGACGAAGGCUCCCUCCCCUACCUCACCGCAACCGUGUCAGAAGUCCUCCGCUGGCGAACCGUAACCGUCCUGGGCGGCCUCCCUCACGCUCCGAUCCAAGACGAUGAGUAUCAAGGGUACUUCAUCCCGAAGGACACGUGGAUUGUAGGCAACAUCUGGGCGAUCCAUCGAAACCCUCGCGAUUAUCCUGAGCCUGAUGAGUUUCGACCGGAGAGGUUCUUGAGGGGAUUGGAGAGGCCGCAUCCGAGUAAGAAGGGGCAUAGUGCUUUUGGGUGGGGUAGGAGGCAGUGUAGUGGGCAGCCGUUGGCGGAGCAGGGACUUUGGCUUGUGACGGCCAGGUUGUUGUGGGCAUUUGAUAUCAAGCCGGGGGUGGACGAAGAGGGUGAUGAGAUUCCUCUCGACAUUUUCGCGUAUACCGCGAGCGAAAACCAGCGCCCGGAGCCAUUCGAGGCUCGUUUCAUUCCCAGGUCGGCCGAGAUCGAGAAGAUGAUCCUGACUGAAGCUGAAGCGGCUCGAGAGCGACUGAGGGGAUAUGACGGCGAGCCGAAGAUCAAACUCGACGAUAUACCAUCACUUCACCUAGAUUGA